GGGGGAGGGGUCACCGACAGCUUCCCUUCCGUAGUCUCGGCGCAGUGGAUUUAGGGCACCGCAUUUCGUCUAUACGCACAGGCACAGCUGUAUAUACGCCAUAAAUUAUAUACUCAAUACCCAGAAUAUACAAUACAGGGAAAAGAAAAAAAAAAAGGCGUUUGCUUUCCAUGUGAAGCAACCUGAAAAAGACAAUCGAUUUGGAGGUGAAAGGUAGAUAAAGUAAGAGAGAGAGAGAAAGAGCCCUACAACCACUUAUUAAGAUUAUUAUAGAUACACUGCUCUGUACUUAACAUUGAAGAAGAAUACUAUCUUUACCUAAAGUUCAAGAAUUGUGGAGGAGAGAGAGAGAGAGAGAGAGAGAGAGAGAGAGGGAAUGAGAAUACCUGCCUGACAUGGGUACCAUUCUCUCUCUUCCUCUGCAAUUAUUGACGCUUAUGUAGAAGAUUUGUACGCCCAGAUCUCUCAAGGAACUCUCCUUUUCAUCCGUCACUUGGAAUGGGAACAUUAGCGUCUGAAACAGAUUCUUUAAAUUACUUGAGACUGGGGCUCAAGGGAUCUGGCAAGGGAAACUUGGGGAAACCCCGAGUUCUUUCCAUUCUCUCGAUGCUUCUUGAGAGUUCUGUCCAGGAAAACGAAAAGUUUCUGGAAACGUCACAAGUAAAAGAUGUCGUUACAAUAUUUCACGGCUCAAGAGCCCCGUCUCUGAGCAUUCAACAAUACGUUGAUCGCAUCUUCAAAUAUGCCUCCUGUAGCCCCUCCUGCUUUGUGGUCGCACACAUAUAUAUGGAGAAAUUCAUUCAGUGCACCGAUGCCUGUUUGACUUCCUUCAAUGUUCAUCGACUAUUAAUUACAAGCGUGAUGGUGGCAGCAAAAUUUAUUGAUGAUUCAUUUUUCAACAACGCAUAUUAUGCGAGAGUAGGCGGUGUGAGCACUGCAGAAUUGAACAAGUUAGAGAUGAAGUUCUUAUUUGGAUUGGGCUUCCGGCUUCAUGUGAAUGUGCAGACGUUCGAGAGCUACUGUGGCUCCCUAGAGAAAGAGGGCAACUUAACUCUCCAAAUCGAGCGUUCAAUCCAGGCGUGCGGAAUCAAAGAGAGCUGGUCCACCAACGACGACCCCACCAGUGCCCAAAUCGCCAGAUGAUGGCCAUUCAUUCUUCCCAAAAGGUUGAAUCCCCAACCCCAAGGGCCCCACACCCCGGCCCGACAGAGUAUCUGGGAUGACGGUCAUUCAUGAUCCUGCAGUGAGUAGAGAGCACUCGGGUUGGCAUAUAUCGGAGCAUUAUUUCACGAUUUUUGUAUGUUUUCUGGGUUCCCCUGUGGUGUAUAGGUUGCACUGGAUCAACAUCAGUCCUUUGAUGUUGUUAGGCUUUCAUCCUUUUUUGUUGUGUGUACCCAAUUGUUCCACUUACAGUCAGAUUUCAUAUAUUUCUUUGUACAGAAUGAGUGAGAUGCUCAUUGAAUACAUGAAUAUUUCUACUUUUUUGGUGUCC